CAGAGGGGCAGCGGAGUCGGCAGCGCGGAGCCGGGGCGGCCACCGGGAGGGACAGUCGCUGGGAGGGGUGCGGCAGUGGCUGGGGGGCUGCGGGCUCCAGAGCCCGCUAGUGUUGCACACGAAGCUGAGCAGAGAACAGCCUAGCAGAGCAGAGCUCUGCCUGAGCCACCCUUUGUCUGGGUUGGGGGCCCGUGGCGGGGAGGACCCGGGAUUCGAGGGGAGGGACCGGGACGGGACGGAAGGGCCCGGAGCAGCGGCCGCCGCGGCGGAGCCAAUUUAAGAGCGGGGGUCCGGCUGAGCCCAGGAGCUGCACGGAAUGGUGGCAGUCACCUUGCCAGUGCAGCGGGAAUGGACCAGACUGCAAGCUAGGAGAGCAAGGCAUCAGUCAGGAAGAGGGAACACACAUCUAGGCUUAAGGCCUCUUCAUCGGGAUGUCCCCAGGCCUCCCAGCCCAGGCCCAGCAUAAAGGCUGUGUGGGGGGGCCCCCCUGACCCAAGGGGGGCUUCAUGCGCCACGUGCAGGCGGAGCCGUCUCCAUCCUCAGAACCAGAGGCUGGCCCUUCGCAGCCUGCAGUCAGGCAGGGGGCCCUCCAGGGUGGCCUGCUCAUGGGCUACAGCCCAGCAGGGGGGGUGACAUCCCCCAGGGUCUACCAGGUAUCCAUCUUUUCCCCUCCAGCUGGUGCCUCCGAGCCUCAUAGGGCCCUCAAACGGCCAGCCCCACCCACUGAGGUUCCCAGGGAGCUGAAGAGAGGUCCUGGGCUGGGGGCCAGAGAGGGACUACCCCCUGAAGAACCAUCUACUGUGAGGCUACUAGGCCCAGAGGGACUGGGGCUGGGACUGGGUGUGACCAGCCAGCAUUUCUGCCAUCAUGGCCUCUGUGUUGUGGAACAGGGAACUAGCUCCACCUCACCUUGGACUUCAGGGGCCCAAAGUCCCCCCUGUUCCCCAUCAAAUGCUUCCUGCAACAGUUUGCACACCAGAGACUGGGCUUCCCCAGAUCCAGGGAGACAGGGGUCCCUGGGGGAGUCUCCAGGGCCAGCCCCUCUGGGCCAGCUGCACACAUUUGACACUGAUUUGCACAGUCUUGCACAAAUAGGGGGUAAGAGCCCAGUGGCUGGGGUGGGCAACGGGGGCAGCCCUUGGCCUAGGGAGUCCCCUGGCACUGCCAAUGGGCAUAGUCCCGAGCACACACCCCCUGGCCCUGGACCUCCAGGCCCCUGCCCCACCAAGCGAAGGCUGCUUCCUGCUGGAGAAGCCCUGGAUGUCAGCUCUGAGGAUGAGGGGCCAGCCCCUCGGAGGCGCCGGGGAACCCUGGGCCACCCUCCUGCUGCCAACAGUUCUGAUGCCAAAGCCACACCCUUCUGGAGCCAUCUGCUGCCUGGGCCCAAGGAGCCUGUGCUGGACCCAACAGACUGCAGUCCCAUGGGGCGGAGGCUGAAAGGUGCCCGUCGCCUGAAGCUGAGCUCCCUUCGAAGCCUCCGGAAGGGGCCAGGCCUGCUGAGCCCCCCCAGUGCCUCCCUUGUUCCUACCCCUGCCGUCAGCCGUACCCUGCUGGGCAACUUUGAGGAAUCAUUGCUGCGAGGACGCUUUGCACCAUCUGGCCACAUUGAGGGCUUCACGGCAGAGAUUGGAGCUAGUGGAUCCUAUUGCCCCCAGCAUGUCACGCUGCCUGUCACUGUCACCUUCUUUGAUGUUUCUGAGCAAAAUGCCCCGGCCCCCUUCCUGGGUGUCGUGGACCUGAACCCCCUGGGGAGGAAGGGUUACAGCGUGCCCAAGGUGGGCACCAUCCAAGUGACCUUAUUUAACCCCAACCAGACUGUGGUGAAGAUGUUCCUUGUGACUUUUGACUUCUCGGACAUGCCUGCUGCCCAUAUGACCUUCCUGCGCCAUCGCCUCUUUUUGGUGCCUGUGGGUGAGGAGGGAAAUGCUAGCCCCACCUGCCGCCUCCUCUGCUACUUGCUGCACCUCAGGUUCCGGAGCUCCCGCUCAGGCCGCUUAAGCCUGCAUGGAGACAUCCGCCUGCUUUUUUCACGCCGGAGCCUGGAACUGGACACAGGGCUCCCCUACGAACUGCAGGCAGUGACUGAGUCCCCUCACAACCCACGUUAUUCACCUUUGCCCUGAUUGUCAGUGCCCUGAACCCAUGGAGGCCAAGUACCAGCCCAUCCUGCUCCAUCCCGAACAGAGCAAAUACGUGGAAAGGUGGCAAAAGAUCCUUCAGGCUUGAAUUAAAGCCCUCACCAUGCUCAUGCCCAAAUUGAUUAUUUGGGUAUUUAAGGCUUCCGAUCCUUACCACACUCUGCUCUACUUUGGGUACUCCACGUGCCUCCCCACCCCCUUGGAUUUCCCAGGCCAGCUUAGGUAGUGGGGAGACGCCAGAGCUAUCCCAAGGUUAUCCCAAGUUCCCAGGCAAGUUAUGCCAGCGUUGCCUCCCUGUCCUGGGCAGGGGCCACUUAUUAUUUUAUUUAUUUUUAAUUUAUAAUUUAUUCAAAUUGGAUUGCCUUGGUAACCUCCCAAACCUGGUAAUUGGCAUUGCCCCUCCUCCAUUCCCACUCUCAGAUAUUGCUCCAAGCUCAGGAGUUGAAGAAGCUGAUGUGGGGGUUAGGGAAGAACUCUUUUUCCUCAGCUGACAGCAGAGAGGUUAUCCCAGAAGGACUGAGUCACUAGCCAAAGACUCAGCUUCCCGUGCCCUAUUUUAUACCUUUCACUUCCCCUACCCUCUGACCCCUCUCUGAAAGCCAGCUGUGUGUGUGUGCAUGUGUGUGAGUGUGUGCAUGUAUGUGCGCACAUGCAAGCUUGUAUUUGUGUGGUGUGUGUGAGAGAGAGCUUGCAUGCAUGCACACACACAGGUUAACCACCCCUCAUCUAAGUCUCCAGAUUCCAGUUGUCCCUCUCCUCUUGCCUGUGUCUCCUUGCUUUGGGGUCCUGACUGAGGAAGGUGUUCAGGGGGCAGAGUCAGGGCCAAGGACCGGGGUGCCUCCUCUCAUCUGGCCAGACUCUGACCCACCUACCUCAGCUGGGGUGAGGGACACCCCUCACUCCCAGUCAUGUGAUUCCCAACUACCCCAAUACCCACACCAGAUUCUGACCCAGCCUUAGCCCUAACUCCUGGGGCUGGGCUGAGGGGAACAAGCAAUUGCUUGAAACUUGAACAAAAAGGAAAAAGGAAAAAAUUGUACCUGGUACUUUUUUUCAAGAAAAAAACAAAAACAGAAAGAAAGAAUAAAUUCUUGUUUGGAAACUUGA